GAGGGGUGGGGCGAUGAAAGCUGUUCCACGCAACAGCCGCAAACGCUGAACACACGUGAUACGCGUAUAAUACAAAUUGUGGCGCAUAUCACGAGUGUGCUCGUGAUUCUUAGUACUCAUGCCAAGAUAAUGGCUGACAGGGUAAUUGAAGAAGAUGCAAUGUUUGAUCAUCAGUUACACGAUCAUGUUACGUAGCUGUGACGUAGAAAACUGUGAAGACACGUCAUCAAUUAUGGUGGAAUCUAGAAGAAAGGACGAACGUAUUGCGAGGCCUGAGUGCCAAAUGGUGUUAGCUACAAGAAUAAUACACAUUAACCGGAUAUUUAUAUUUCACUACUUUCCAAAGGAUGUAGCUGUAUGGCCAAAAUGGACGCGUUUUGAUCGUCGACAUUGA